AUGGACCUGGCAGCAGGAGCAGGCACAGGAGCGGACUCGGGAACCUCGAUGGUGCUGGGCGGUGGAAAGACCCGACAUUUUUUAGAGCUAUGCGUCUUUUUAGAAGCUUUUAAAGGUGGCUCUAGGGAGUCCAGAGGACCAGAAACAGCAACAAGACCAGGAGCUAGCUCCGGAGCCACCAGGCUGGAGGGUGUGGUGGUUUGGAGCAGUGAGAUAGCUGGCAGCAGCAAGGAGUCAGGUGUUGAGUGUGAUGAAACUGGUUUGCUCCUGGUCCCCAUGGAUCCCCAUGAGAGAAAAGCACAUGAGGCAUUCCUCCAGAAACUCCUUGCACCUCUCAGGGGAUCUGUUUGUACGAGUGCCAAUGUCUUUUGGACAGCCUAUGUGGAAGUAAGCUAUACUGACCAAUGGAACAGAACUUUCAGCAGGAUGUGUGAGUGUGGCAUAUAUGGUUCAAAUUCACCUUUAUUACCAGCAUCUGGACAAGUGGUGCUCCCCAAUUUAGACCCCCUUGCCUGCAGUAGCAACACUACUUUCUCAGUGGGCCAGGAGCCCUGGAUUGCCCUUAUCAAACGGGGGGACUGUACAUACACUGAGAAGAUUCAAGCUGCCCAGCAAAACGGAGCCUCAGCUGUGGUCAUCUACAACCUUGAUGGCACAGGCAAUGAAACAAACUACAUGAGUCACCCAGGAACUGGGGACACUGUUGUCAUCAUGAUUGGCAAUCUUCAGGGCAGGGAGAUCAGUGAUCUCAUCAAGAGUGGGGUGACAGUCUAUAUGCAGAUUGCAGUGGGCAGUGCACAUGGUCCCUGGAACAAGCUUUGGGUUUAUGUCAUGUCAUUCACCUUUUUUGGGGUGACAGCCAUUGCUUUGGGCUACUUUGUUGUUCUUACUAUUAGACGGCUCUACCAUGCUCGACAAGAACGUCUCCAGCAGAGACAUCUUAAAACCGUGGCCAAGAAAGCAAUUGACAAAUUGCAAGUCCGGACUUUGCGCCGCAAUGACCCGGAGGUGGAAUCAAAUGUUGAAUCAAAUACAAACAGCUGUGCUGUCUGUAUAGAGUCCUUCAGGCAUGGGGAUGUGGUGACAGUCCUUCCUUGCAGUCAUCUCUUCCACAAGACAUGCAUUGAACCAUGGCUACUGGAGCACCGCACCUGCCCCAUGUGUAAAUAUGACAUUCUUAAGGGCGAGGUCAGUUUACGCACAAAUGAAGAAUACUCCGCACCACCAGCAGAUGUCAGGUUUUACCCAAUCACUACAUCUAACUCUCAGGUGCAUACCAUUGAUGAGGUAACCUUGGGAAACCAGCCUGAGCAUACAAGACCAAACACUGAUACUCAGGUUUCAGAAUCUGCUGUAAAGAUGCCGGAUCACAUUGCUGAUGACCUGGAUCCUCAGAGAUAUGAUCACAUUUAUGAGAAUCCGGCAUUUGAGGGAGAACAGUAG